CAAGGCGAAAGGUUAAAAAUACUUGCACAAGCCAAUCAUUGAAAGAGUUUUUUCUGUCUCAGCAGUCAACCACCUAUCCCCCCCAAAGAGACCCUUUCAGAUACCUUUGUAUCCUUUCUGUUUCAUAGAUGAUUUGGAAAAAGAUAACAUCAAUUACCCCCGACCUAAGGACAACGUGAGGAGCAAUAAUUCGUCGAGAGAAAUUGUAUUUUCAACUCCCCAACUUAUGUCUCGUGUCAUGCAAAUUGGCAUUUUAAGGCCUGCCUACAGAAUUUGAAAAUGCAGAGAGAAGAACUGGGGUCUUCUAAAAGAGGGUUCUUGAACUUCAUAUACAUCGUCGCCAUUGAUCGGGCUUCCUUCGAGACCUCUCUGAGAGCGAGAUUUUCGGUGAAAUUCUCUGGAGUGCGCAUUGGCAAAGGACUAGUUCAGCAAGAGUAGAAGGAUGUCGUACGAAGCGAUAUUGGCAAGGAGUUUUAGUCGGUACGAGCAGAAGAAGCUCGGAUAUGGAGCAUUGGUGGGGUGCUUGCUCAUUUUCUUGAGCUUCUUCACUGUCUUCAAGCCUUACUUGGGUCCUUUGCCAAUUUUGAACGUGCGGUUGUCGAUGGGUAUCGCUCACAGGAUGUUUGCGACCAAGGAGACACAGAGUUCUCAGAAGCAAGAGAUGAUCACAGUAGAACAAAAGGCGACCGCAAAACCAGAGCCGCUGCUCAUUUCCACGAGUCACCAAGAAAAUGUGACAACAAAACUGGAACUUCGACUCAAUUCCACAGACCCCAAAGAAAAUGCGACAAUAACGAAACCAGAGAUAAUGGUCAAUUCCACAGAUCACCAUGUUGCAAAAAAUGCCAGCAUGGAACCUGGUCCAGAGGUACUGCUGAAUAAAACAGAGCACCCAGUAAAUCUCUCAGCAGUGAAAAUUGAGGAAUCAGCGCCACUAAAUUCCACUGAUCACCAGGAUACUUCAUUGUCUAUAGCAGAGAAUGCGACGAAGAAAAGAGAGCCGCUGUGCAACAUUCUGAAUCGAAGGACAGAUGUAUGCGACAUCCCUGGUGAAGUUAGGGUCCAUGCCAAAUCCUCCACAGUCUACGCCUCUUCCCCUGAAAUGGCCACCCUGGAUGAUGGACAGACCUCAUGGAAGAUAAGACCGUACGCAAGAAAAACCGACCGGACGGCAAUGAGCUCGGUCAAGGAAUGGUCCGUGGUCCCUGCAUCCGUGGGCCGACGCGAAAUUCCUAAAUGCACCCAAAACCAUGCCGUCCCGGCCAUCCUUUUCUCAGCCGGUGGAUUUUCUGGGAACCACUUCCACGACUUCAGCGACAUCAUACUCCCGCUCUACCUGACGGCUAGGCCGUUCAACGGGGACGUGCAGUUCCUCGUGACCAAUUACCGCUCCUGGUGGGUCUCGAAGUUCAGAGGGAUCUUGCAAAACCUUUCCAAGUACCCGGCCAUCGACAUCGACCAGGAAACGGAAGAGGUGCAUUGCUUCCCGAGCGUGAUCGUGGGGCUCAAUCGCCACGACGAUUUCAAAAUCAACCCUUCCAUGCCUCCCCACACGACAAUGAGCGACUUCAGGGAUUUCCUGAGGACCUCCUACUCGUUAAAAAGGAGCAAAGCAAUCGAAUUGCAGGUUGGUGACGCUCGAAAGCCCCGACUCCUGAUCAUAUCACGGAAACGCACGCGAUCCUUCACGGACCCCACGAGAAUCAUGAAGAUGGCCAAGGCCGUGGGGUUUGAGGUGGUGGUGGCAGAGGCGGACAUGAACGUGGCACGGUUCGCCGAGCUCAUGAACUCUUGCGACGCGGUGAUGGGGGUCCACGGGGCGGGGCUGACCAACAUGGUGUUCCUACCGGACAACGCCGUCCUGAUCCAAAUCGUGCCAUUAGCAGGCGACUGGCUCUCGAGAACGUACUUCGGCGACCCGUCAAGGGACAUGAACCUGAAGUACCUGGAGUACAAGAUCGGCGUGAGGGAGAGCACGUUGUCGGAUCAAUACCCGAGGGACCACGUCGUUCUGAAAGAUCCGCGCGCGUUCCACAAGGGUAAAUGGGACGAUUUCAAGAAGACUUACCUGGACGGCCAGAACGUGAAGCUCGACGUCAGGAGGUUCAGGCCCACUCUGGUGAAAGCCCUCCAGCUUUUGCACGAGCAGAGGCGUUAAGUUUGACCCCUUUUACACGCAAAUCCUCCCCUCUCCUCCUCCUUCUGAUGAAUGUAAAUUCAUACAAAUUUCGAGUUCUCUCUAUUCUUGCGUCGAGUAGUGAUCGAGGGUCCGUUGUUCGGACGGUCCGUCGCUUAGCGUUAGGAAUGUCUAAGAAGCCAGGGAAGAUGUCUUGAGCUUCUUUUUACCAAAACGAGAUUCUUUCUUGACAAAUCCAGCUUCUUGUUUUCUUGAAAUCUUUGCUGGUGGUGAAAUCUCCGGUAUCUGGUUCAAUUUGAUACACUUUCAUGAGGUGGCGUCCUGUGCACUACUUCAUUGAUAACAUUGAUGUGUGAAAGUUUUCAAUGAUUGAGAUAGAAUGAGUUCA